UUCAGAUUUAUGGGAAUUUUAACAUAGUUUUGAACUAAUCUGUGAACAUGGAUUUAAAUACACUGUACAAAGUUUUUCUUUUCAUAUCUUUGAUAAAAGGAUCUCAGUCCCAGAGGCAGCCUAGGUGUGAAACAGGCAGCUGUUACCCUGAGAUGGGUGAACUCCUCAUAGGACGGGAGGCUAACCUGACCGCCUCCUCUACGUGUGGUCUGAGGGGGCCAAAGAAUUUCUGUAUUGUCAGUCACUUGGAGGAGGACACAACGUGUUUCACAUGUGACUCUCGCCAGCCUUGGUCAGAGUACAAUAGAAACAGCCACCGCAUUGGUAACAUUGUAUCGUCACCCAGCGACAGGUUGCUGCGAUGGUGGCAGGCAGAAAAUGGCAAGCAACAGGUGUACAUUCAGUUAGAUUUAGAGGCAGAAUUUCAUUUAACUCAUCUUAUCAUGACUUUUAAGACCUCCAGACCAAAAGCUCUAUUGAUUGAGCGGUCAUAUGACUUCGGCCAAACAUGGAAGGUUUAUCGAUAUUUUGCCCAGCGAUGUAACGAAUCGUGGCCAGGUGUGAGCAGAUGGCCACCCACAGAUUUGUCGGAAGUGGUCUGUGAUGAUCGAUACUCAGAUGAGCUACCAUCUACAGAGGGAGAGGUGAUCUUCCGUGUUCUUCCUCCAUUUAUCCGGAUAAAUGAUCCGUAUGAGGAAAAGGUUCAAAACUUACUGAAGCUGACCAACCUUAGAGUGAACUUAACAGAACUCCAUGGAUUUGGUAGGCGUAAUACUGCAGCUGACAGCAGACAAGAAAUAAAGGACAAGUACUACUACGCAAUGUACCAUAUGUCCGUCAGGGGCAGCUGUAGUUGUUACGGCCACGCCUCCAGAUGUGAACCGGUAGCGGGCUACAACAUCACACCUGACAUGGUUCAUGGUCAGUGUGUCUGUACACACAACACCAAGGGGCGUAACUGUGAACAGUGUUCAGACUUUGAUAAUGAUCUUCCUUGGAGACCUGCAAGGAGAAACUCUCCUAAUGCCUGUAAAAAAUGUAAUUGUAAUGGUCACUCGGACAAGUGUAUGUUUGACCCGGCUGUGUAUAUAUACAAUGGGAUCAGUGGAGGGGUGUGUCUGGACUGUCAACAUAACACCAUGGGCAUAAAUUGUCAGCAGUGUAAAGACAUGUUCUACCCGGACCCUUUCCAAGACAUCCGCAGUUCUAACAUUUGUAAACCACCUGGUCGAAGCCCAGGUGGUGUCUUACAAUCCACUGUUAUCUGUAAUGGUUCUUCCUGGACUUACAUAGGAUUGAGAGAAAUUCGGAGACUUAUUCCAGCUUUUAGAAGCAAAAACACUGUGAAUGUUGAUUUCACAAAUUCAGAACUCGGCAGCAGUUCUUAUUCUAUGGUGGAUGAGAUGAAAGGAGACAUGUUUCCAAUUCGUUAUAUCUUUUUGGAUUUGCACAUGGUAAUUUUAGUUUUAUGUGAGCGGUGCAAAAAUCUGGUGUAG